AUGACGGGUAACGGUGGUCCUGCCGCUGCGCUACCGGGAACUCCGCACCACCUCCGCCCUGGAGCAGCCAUUGACGAUCUGAUUUGCUCGCUGGAAGAAGAAUGGAAAGUCGGCCUAAAGAUUCGUGGCGCUGGAUGGUCGCCAAAAGCAUGGAAUGCGGAUGACACCCCCGAUAGAAUCUAUGCGCUUGUACAGUUCCUCUUUUACAGAGCACGACCAGCCCUCUAUCAUGCGAUUGACAAAUUCAAGAGUCUUGCUCCCAGUCGAACAUCCGAAGAGCGCCUGGCGUUGCUUCGUAAGAUUCUAUCCAGUACAAAAGAGAGUCAACUGGUUCCGAGGGGUAGGACACCAAAAAAUGAACCGCCUAAGAGUCUGGAGGCAUCCUCUAGUGGAGUAAAGUCUGUUCCACAGGCAGCAAAUCAUUCGUUCGAAAUUCAGAAAGAUGAGCGUGAGUCGUAUGCGACUGCGGUUGAUCCAGGAUCACCUACAGACGUUGACACAGAUGAUGAGGCGGAUCAAGAGUUCGAGACACCACGAUCGCCAUCACUGUCGCCAUCGCCAUCACCAUCGCCAUCCACCAGACCGGCACAGACGCUCUACAAGGCAAGUAACCAUGUCUCUUUACACAUUACUAGGAAGAGGCCUUCCGAAAGCUCCGGUCAUUCUGAAAACUCGCCGAAGUUGACCAAAACCUCCAAAGGGAAGCAGGCUGUAAAGUCUUUUAUGUCUUCGCCUAUCGCACAGCCACAAUUUAAGAGGCCCACGCUCGAUAUGGCUCGAUCUAUCCAGGCUGCAUCUUCAGUCAACACGUCUUUCAACAACACUGCCUUUCCUUCUCAGGAGACAGCAGCUACCACAAACACUUCGUUUACGUCGAACGAUAGUGUCAGCGAUUUCCAGGGGACGAGCUUUCCCAAACCUAGAUUGACACGAACAAGUCCAACUACAAUGAGUUCACUGGAUAUUCGUGAUCUCUACGAAGCUAUGUCGCGUUCAGGAAGUGAACUGCUCGAACGAGACAUUCAACGAGAUCUUAAUGAAAUCUUUUCUCAAGGGAGCAGCGGCCAAAGCAGGUCAACUUUUGGCUCUGUCGAUGAGGAUGGUCUUCUUGAGACCUCUUUCGAGCUUGAAGACCAGCAGAAUAAGUCGGAGGUAAUUCCAGGUGGCAAGCAAGGAAAGUUGAAAGCGCCUUCCGUCGCCAAUGAUUGCGAUCAGCAAACUCGCGCAUCGGCGCUGCCACUGUCUCUAUUUAACGGGGUGUCAAACAAUCAAGGGCAGACGCCUCCCAGCAUGCAGUCUCCCUCGAAAAUGCCAUACGAGGUACGCAAUCUACCCGACCAGAAUCUCUUCGUCGAUAAGCUUCCCAGGAUGCUAGAACAUAUUCCCUACCAUAUCCUGUUCAUCUGUCAACGUGUAGCAAUAGAAAACUCCGUUUCACUUCCGGACUUGGUACGUGGUAUGGAUGUGUCUACCGUAGCUUCCGACCCAGAAGCCUUGUGGUCUUUCAUUGAGAAACAUGAUAAUAUUCAACAUGUGCGACUACGCGAGUCAAGCCGUCUCUGGCAAGCUGCAAAACGCAAUUCUGAAGGUUACACGUUCAAGGGACAUAUUAAUCCCAACCUCAAGCGUACUGGCCCAAUUAUGAACCUUGCAUUGUUGCCAAUACAAGCAGACAAAUCGUGCCGGCUUGAGCGAAUGUUCGGCUCAGACCGCUUUCUUUAUUUAGACACGUCAGACUUCUCCAAGACGGGGCGUUUCAAAUCCAGUCAGGCGCAGCAAGUUCGCAGUCAAUCCCAAGCAUGGCUACUGGCCGAACACUCGUUUCUAGGCCGUAAAUGGAGAGCCUUCCAUAUUGAAGACCUGAAGAGGAACAAGACCGCUCGACCCAAGGAUGUGAUUCACGACAAAAGAAUUGUGCUUUUCGCGACCGAAGGUUGCGGCAUUAAGCAGUCCUACUCAGUAGGUCAAAUGCUACAUCGAUUCUUACCCUUCGAUACCAACAAAGAUCAAGGUUUUUGCAAAGCCUUUGCUCGCAUCGAACUUGGACUUUCCCGUACUGUACCCACGUUGUGCUUUGGGGCAUCGCAAAUCAUCCACGUGGAUGAUGACUUGGCUACGAACGAUCCGGAAGAUACUCGGUUUAAUGACCCCAAAAUACAAUGGCAGGCAGUUCCCGAUAACGAGAUCAUGAAUGAUGGAUGCUCAAUCAUUUCCGUGGGUGCUGCGUUAGUCAUAUGGCAGCUAUACAAGAGAUCUACUGGGGUUACCGGCCCCUUGCCGAGUGCAUUUCAGGGACGUAUUGGUGGGGCCAAAGGACUAUGGAUGAUCAGUGCAGAGUCUUUCACUAAAGAUCCUGAGCACCUUGAGCAUUGGAUUAAGAUCAACAGGAGUCAAUGGAAAUUCCAUCCUCCUACCGAUGAUCAUCACCGCACCUUCGAGGUGUCCAACUACAGUUCCGCGCCGUCGCCGUCGGAGUUGCACAUAGCGUAUAUCCCUAUCAUGGUCGAUCGAGGUGUACAGAGAUCAGUGAUUGCUGGUCUCAUGAAGGAGUGUCUUGAAAUGGAACGCAACAAGCUGUUAGAGUUACUCCCAGAUCCUGUCAAGAUACACGAUUGGGUUCACCGAAACGGCGCGAAAACACAAGCUGAAUCUGCCUGGCAAGCAGCACUACCAGUCUCACUAGAGGAAAAGCUGAAAAUUUUGCUCGAGUCGGGAUUCAUUCCUACCAAGUUUCCAUAUCUUGCCAGGAGUCUUGAGCGCUUUAUCCAAGCAAAACAUAUACUACAGGAAUCGAAGCUACGUGUACCCCUUCCGAAGUCGGCGUAUUUCUUCGGGAUAGCAGACCCUUUUGGAGUGUUGGAACCGGGAGAGAUCCAGGUGCAGUUCUCAUCCUCUUUUGCCGACGAGAAGACAGAUGAGAAGUAUCUCUGCCUUAGGAAUAUGGAUGCUCUAGUUACUCGCCAGCCUGCUUGUCGCCGCUCGGAUAUCCAGAAAGUGCGCACAGUCAUACGCCCGGAGCUGUCGCAUUUGGUAGAUGUAGUAAUUUUUCCAUGCAAAGGGCGGUACCCAUUAGCUGGAAAACUUCAGGGAGGCGACUACGACGGUGAUAUGUUCUGGAUCUGCUGGGAACCCUUACUUGUGCAGCCGUUCUUGAACGCCCCAGCGCCGCAGGCCCCUAAUCCGACCCAAUAUGGUAUAAAGAUAAGAACCGAAAAGCUCAAAGAUAUCAUGGACACCAGCAACCCCGAAGAAGUCGACAAAUUUCUACGUAAAGCAUUCGAGUUCCGCAACAAUGAUUCGUUUCUUGGUCGCGUUACCACCUUAGCGGUGAAUCAGGCCUAUACCGAGAAUUGUAUAUAUUCACCGACGCUCGAGGAGCUGUAUGAUAUGCAUGACUUGUUAGUGGAUGCAUCGAAACAGGGGUAUGUUUUUACACAGGCGGACUUUGACCGGUACGUACGCCAAUUACCGAAACGACCAAAACAGCCACUUUACAAGACCGCGAUGAAGGAAUGCGCCAGUAUAAAGAGCUCCACAAGUGUUGAGAAGUUUCGGGAGAAAGACGACCGAUACAAGUCCAAGCAUAUCCUUGACUACCUUUAUUUUGACAUUGUGAGAGCGCACAAUAUUGAGACGAUGGCGCAAGUCAAAACCGUUCUCUCGCAAGCAACUCAACCGGACGAAGCGCUACUGUACCCAAGUAAGCAUUUCAUCGGAAAGGGUUCUGAGGCGAUCAAAAAGGAACUUCUUUCCCUAGCUGGGAAACUGGACGACGUCUAUCGUGUGUGGAAUACUGGGUGGCAUGGUGAUAUGAGCACGACAGCGCGCUUUAACAGUCUUGUGAACAACUGCUACCAGAAGUACCAUGCUAUACAGCCUGACAACCCAGGCCAUUCCGACAUCCAGCCUCUAGUGGGAGAGUACCUCACACCUGGUUCAUGUCUUUGGGAUACAAUCAAAGCUUCAGCAUUGUAUGCAAAGUUUCACCGGCCGGAGAAAUCCAGCUUCGUUCUAACAAUGGCAGGGCGGGAGCUCGCGAGUCUGAAGGCCAACAGCUUCGAACAUUCUAGGGUCAUUAUUGCUUCUAUCCGUGCGAACAUGAAGCCGAAACCAAUCAAGGCGCCGAUUCAAUACGAUGAGGAAGAAGAUGACGACUUUGGGACCACGCUUGAAGAGCCUAUCUUGUAG